ACUAAACUUCCGUAUAAAUCGUCAAUGUGGCGGCAGUCAUUUUAAGUUCUGUUUCUUUUUAAGUUUUUAAUCUUUUUAAUUUGGGACAAUGUCAGUAAAUCACCUACUCGUAUUACUUCUUUUCCUUCUGACCUCAAAAACAGGGUUCAGUGCUGAGAUCUCUGUGUUUGUGCAGACAGGAGCUUCUGUUCAACUGGAUAUACAGACACAACAACUACCAGAGUUUGAUAUUUUAGCCUGGAUGAAUAAUAAAUCAGAGAGUAUAGUUAGAUAUAUCAGUUAUUCCAAAAGUGUAAAACCUCACGAUUCCUACAAGGACAGAGUGGAUUUCAAUGAUAAAACCUUCUCUCUGACACUGAAGAACAUGCAGAAGACAGACAGUGGACUCUACACAGCAAGAACAACUGGAUUAAAAAAUGAAGAUCUUGCCUCAUACAGAGUAUCUGUCAUAGAUGCUGUGGUGGCUCCUGUCCUGACUGUGAACUCAAACUGGUCCAGCAGUGACUCCUGUACUGUGAACUUCACAUGCAGAGCUCCUGAGCUCAUGAUUAACUCCAGCUAUCAGAACAACAGAUGCUCUCCACAGGAAGUGACAUCACAUGAGAUCCACACUCUCAUCCUGGAUUGCAGCAAGAAAUACAUUCUCUGUAACCACAGCAACCCUGUCAGCUGGAAACAAGCCAGAAUAAAUAUUACACAGCUCUGUGAUGAUAAUAAAAAUGAAAGGAGUAUCCAGAGUGAAUCAUCUCUCAUGUGGCCAGUAGUUGGUUCUGUGGCAGUGUGCAUUUUGAUAUGCGUUUCAAUAGUUCUGUACCGCAAGAAAAAAGGUGCACAGGAGGUGGUAGUAGAAGGUAAUACAGUCUAUGCUCAAGUUGAGGGUCAAGAAAUGCAGAAACUCAACAGUGACUGCAAUACAUAUGACAUUCCAGACCGGGUUCAAGCCCAGACACAAGAAGAAACAGGAGAUAAACGACCCAACACAACCUACUGCACAGUAGGACAAUACCCAAAAACAACGAACCACUCUGAAACAGACCUUACAAUUUAUUCAACAGUGUGCAAACAAUCAAACAAGAAACCACCCGCCAUUUCAGCUAAUAGCACUUAAAAAUGAACUUGUGGCCAUCUCUCAUAUGGGGAAUUUGUCACAAGAUCUGAUCUUAAAAUGUCAUCCUACUCUUACUAUCUCUGUUUUAUCUUUAUGUGGUAGAAAUAAUGAGAACAGUAUACUAGUAUUUUGAAAUUCCAAUUAAAGUGUGCUUUCUCAAACAA